AUGGAGGCGGAGCUGCCGGGCUGCAGUCAAGACGACCACAUGUCAAGUUUAAAAACUGAUUUGUUGAAAACUUCCGGGACAUUUAAUGUCCUUGUUGGAGUGACAGGGAGUGUUGCAGCCUUGAAACUGCCUCUUUUGGUCUCCCAGCUUCUUGAUCUCUCCGGGGUGGAUGUACGAGUAGUCACUACAGAGCAUGCCAAGCACUUCUAUAAUUCUGCUGAGGUGUCAGUCAAAAUCUACAGUGACGAGGAUGAAUGGGAGCUGUGGAAACAGAGAUCUGACCCUGUGCUACACAUUGAGCUAAGGCGUUGGGAAGAUCUACUUGUCAUUGCCCCUCUUGAUGCCAACAGUCUUGGAAAGAUUGCUAGUGGUAUUUGUGAUAAUCUGCUGACGUGUGUGGUAAGAGCCUGGGAUACCAGUCGUCCUCUUCUCUUCUGCCCUGCAAUGAACACAGCUAUGUGGCUGCAUCCUAUUACAGCCCAGCAGGUAUCCAGACUGAAAGAGUUUGGAUAUGUGGAAAUCCCCUGCGUUGCCAAAAAGCUAGUGUGUGGAGAUGAAGGUAAAGGUGCCAUGGCAGAAGUAUCGACAAUUGUCAGUCUUGUCAAAGAGUAUCUUCAGAAACCAGAUGAGUCAUCUUUGGAGGCAUGA